GUUUGCUGGUAGCUCUGCUUUUGCCUGAAUCCAAGGAGAGAGCCUCUGAAUUUGGUCUCAACAGAGUGGCUUGGCCAGAGAGACUGUGCUUUCCGGUGGAUGUACCUGGAGUAGAAGCUGAGUCUGAGCAGAGCCUACCUGGAGAAAAUGCCCUCCUCGCCCAUGUUGAUAUUCAAGGCCAUCUUUUUCCUGGAGUCAUUGGUUGCUGUGCUGCAGAAUGGCUUCAUAGUUACUGUGUUGAGUGGGGAGUGGGUGCGAAACCGGAUGCUGCCCGCCGGUGACACGAUUGUGGCCUGCCUGGCUGCCUCCUGGUUCUGUCUGCACGGGAUGGCCCUCCUGAACAACAUCAUGGCCUCUUUUGGCUUUUGUUCCAAAAUCAACUAUUUCAGCAUCCCCUGGGAUUUCAUCAACUGCCUCAGUUUCUGGCUGACUGCCUGGUUUGCUGUCUUCUACUGCGCGAAGAUCUCCCUCUUCUCUUAUCCCGUCUUCUUCUGGAUAAAGUGGAGGAUUUCUCGGUCGGUUCCCCAGCUGGAGCUGGGCUCCUUGAUCUUAUCUGGUCUGUCCGUCAUCUCAGCUGCUGGGAAUACAAUUCUUGCCCAGAUGACAGCUGCCCAUAUUUCCCAUGGAAACGACACUCUGGCUGAUAGAAUACAUGCUACCUAUUUGCACUUUUUCUCUCAUAUAAUUAUCAUGUGGUUGGUUCCAUUCCUCCUGUUCCUGGUGUCCACCCUCUUGCUCAUGUUCUCACUGCUCCGGCACCUCUGGCAGAUGCAGGACCACAGACCCAGCCCACGUGAUCUCAGUACCUGGGCUCACACCAUGGCCCUGAAGUCACUUGCCUUCUUCCUCAUCUUCUACACCUUGUACUUCCUGUCCCUGGUUAUCAUUAUGUACAUCCCAGCCCUCUGGGAACACUGGCACUGGGCCUAUAAGGUGGUGACCUACACUGGCAUCUGUCUGCACUCCAGCAUCUUGGUGCACAGCAGCCCCAAGCUGAGAAAGGCCCUGAAGAAGAGGCUUUGGCGAGCCCUGGACAAGGACCAGUUUGUCUCCAGUUAUCAGUAUCAAUAGCUACUGUCACCGAACGAGCCCUGAGUGGCAAGAAUGCACAAGGUUUGGGUGCUGUCUUUCACUCUUUUUCAUUUCCCUCUUUCUUCCCCACUCUUUCUAUGUCCCAUUAAUUCUUUUUCCAUCCCUCUUUGUUUCUACCAUCCCUUCCACUGCUCCUAGUUUCUUGUCUGGGUCCCGAAUCACCUUGGACUAGGAUGGUGGCCUCAUUUCCACACAGGCCUCUCUCACUCUCUACACAAGGAACCCUAAUAAUAUUCUCCAGUCCAUACUGUCUUUACAGAGAACUGUGAUGGUGGUCACUUGUUCUGUGG